AUGGAAGUAAAAACUAUAACGACUGAUGGAUUUUUCCGUGUAUUUACUUCUUGUCCACUUGAUCCAAAGACAUUCAUUCUCGACGUCCGCCCGCAGAAGGAAUUUGUCAAACAACAUGAUUAUUCAAAGAAUAGCUAUGACGUGAGCUGGAGCCCUGACUGCUGGUGGGACAAGGCUGUCAUUGUGUAUGGCGACUCCAAGCUGAAGAGGGACCACCCAGUCGUGGCCUUCCUCGCCAAUGACAAGCAUGCAAAAUCCCUGGCAAUCUACAAAGAGGGGUUUGAAGGCUUUGCAAAGGCUUACCCGUUCCUGUGCUCUGCUUCUGUGAAGAACAAUGCCGUGAAGAGGUACCCCGGUGAGAUUGUGCCCAAGGUCCUGUAUCUGGGAGACUGGGAGCACGCGCAGCAGACAGAGCGGAUGGAUGAGCUCAACAUCCGCAGGGUGAUCACCAUCCACAACAACCCGGAGAACAUGCAGCUGCCCUCCAGGUUCAAGCACCUGCGCCUGCAGCUGGCAGAUGUGGACACGCAGGACGUGUCCAAGUUCUUCGCGCCAACCUAUACCUUCAUUGAGGAGGCGCGUGCCGCCAACGAAGGGGUGCUGGUGCACUGUGGGGCGGGGGUGAGCCGUUCGGCUUCGCUGUGCAUAGCGUACCUGAUGCGCCGGUUCACGUGGCCGGCUGGGCGCGCGCGCGAGCACUGCAAGCAGCGCCGCAGCCUGGUCAACCCCAACCAGGGCUUCUGGCGCUCCCUCUGCGCCUUCGAGGAGCAGCUGGGCAUCACUGACAGGAGCGAUCCAGCAGACACAGAGGACUUCCACGGAGCGGACGCGCCUGCGCUGCUGGACGAGGGUGCAGCCGGCGAGAAGGUGGCAGUGCGCUUUUUGCCUGCCGGCCAGCGCAAGCCGGCGGAUGGUGCAGCCGCCGCCAACGGCGUGAGCAAGGAGGGCAAGGUGGUGGGCAGCAUGGAGCUGGGUCUGCAGAGCAUCGCUGACAAGGUGGUGUUUGGGCGAGCGCCCACCUGCGACGUUGUACUAGAGCACCUGUCCAUCUCUCGCCAGCACGCCACGCUGUCCACUGACACCGCCGGCAACCUGUUCAUCACUGACCUCGGCUCAGGGCAUGGCACGAAUGUGGACGGUGCAUGGAUACGUGCCAAUGAACCGCGGCUUCUGAAGAAGGGUGCCACCUUCAAACUCGCGGCCAGCACCCGUGAUUACAAGCUUCUCGCCGGGGUCCUUGGAGCUGAGCACCAGAGGGAUGACGGAGAUGCCUCGCAGGCGCAGCUCGGUUUGGUGCAGCUCUGA